CAGGCGCAGUAGUGCAGUCGUGUGCGCAGUGGCUGCCGCUGCCGAGUAGGGCCGAGAGGAGCUGCGCCCACCUUGGGCGUUAAGGGUGCGCGCGCCGCGGGGUCGUUUAAGCCGAGCACUGGGAGACCCUGCGAGCUCGAGGUCUGUGAGCAGCCACCAUGUCCAUCUUCACCCCCACCAACCAGAUCCGACUGACCAAUGUGGCCGUCGUGCGGAUGAAGCGGGCAGGGAAGCGCUUCGAAAUCGCCUGCUAUAAAAACAAGGUCGUCGGCUGGCGGAGUGGCGUGGAAAAAGACCUUGAUGAAGUUCUGCAGACCCACUCAGUGUUUGUAAAUGUUUCCAAAGGUCAGGUUGCCAAGAAGGAAGACCUCAUCAGUGCCUUCGGGACAGAUGACCAGACUGAAAUCUGCAAGCAGAUUUUGACUAAAGGAGAAGUUCAAGUGUCGGAUAAAGAACGGCACACGCAGCUGGAGCAGAUGUUUAGGGAUAUUGCAACUAUUGUGGCAGACAAGUGUGUGAACCCAGAAACAAAGAGACCCUACACUGUUAUCCUCAUCGAGAGAGCUAUGAAGGAUAUCCACUACUCAGUCAAGCCCAACAAGAGCACAAAGCAGCAGGCUUUGGAAGUGAUAAAGCAACUGAAAGAGAAGAUAAAGAUAGAGCGUGCCCACAUGCGAUUGCGCUUCAUCCUGCCAGUGAAUGAAGGAAAGAAGCUGAAGGAAAAGCUGAAGCCGCUGAUGAAGGUCGUCGAGAGUGAGGACUACAGCCAGCAGCUGGAGAUAGUUUGCCUCAUCGACCCAGGCUGCUUCAGAGAAAUUGAUGAGCUGAUAAAGAAGGAAACCAAAGGCAAGGGUUCUCUGGAAGUGCUCAGCCUGAAAGAUGUGGAGGAAGGGGAUGAGAAGUUUGAAUGACACUCCCUAGCUCCUUGGCUGGAACACGACAGCAGACAUUUGUUUCUGUGACCUGCCACCAGCCCAGCUCAAGCAACGUGCCACUUUCCAUCUUGUGUUAAACAUUUUCCUAGGUACCUGGGUAUUUCUGUUGUAAAUUGGGGUUUCCAGCAAAAAUGACAAAACACAAAAUACAGAGUCCAGAAGAGCUUUUCACUGCUGUGUAUGCCUUUCUAGUUCCAAAGGGAAGAUCAGAGACAGUGUUGGUGGACAAGAAGGUAGAUUCAGUACGUGACAGAUUGGAGAGGGGUCUGUAUAACAAAGGGGAGUGCUUGCUGGAAAGGAAGAUGUGGUGUUUCUGCAUAAUCAAGUCCAGGUCUGGGGUGUGAGCUCAGAGAGGACUUCCUGGUUCCCUACAUUUAGAUGUAUAAUGACUAAAGAGCCUUUGUUUGAUUUUCAACAAACAUGGUAUUACCACUGACUUAGAUUAUUGUUAAAAUAUAUAAAGUCAUUUAAUACUAAUUCCUAAAAGUUUAUAAUAUAUGUAGGUAUAACUAAAAUUAUACAUAAUCAAUAAAACUUAUUUUUAUUAA